UUUUCAAAAGUAUUUACAACAGCACACCACCGACACACUACUCCCUCCAUCCCAGCCUGACCACCACGCAAGAGAAAAUGCCAGACCCUCUCACCUUCGCCUUAGGCGCAGGCGUCUUCACCCUCGGCUACAAAGCCGUCCGCAAAGUCCGAAAACACCACCACGAAAAAGAAGCCCGAAAAUAUUCGUCGCAGCUCACCGCCGCCGAGACCCAGAGCGUAAACGCAGACGUGCGGCAAGUCACACGACACUUCACCCGCAGCAUCGCGGGCGAAGCCAUCGCUGGUCCCCUCAGCUUCGUGCUACCGCACAUGACGCUCCCCGCGGGCAUCAACCUCUACAUUUUCCGCAAAGCGAGGCAGGAUUGGAAACAGUUGAGCGCGCAUAUGCGGGCAAAAGGCGCCACGGUACGGAAACGCGAUGUAGCGAGGGGAAUAGGGAGAGCGCUUGUCGAGAAAGCGGUGUUGGUCCCAAUCACUCUAGGUCACGAUGACUUCUUGCUGGCGGUGCCGCAGGGUGAAGGGUCGUCGUUGCUGGAGGGCCAUGAGGCGUUGUUGAACGUUCCGCUGAUUGGGGGCGUGAAUUCUUUGGUUCAGGCGCCUGUUGAGGGGUUUCAGCAUGAAUUGGGGAUUCAGACUUCGGAGGAGCGGGUCGCGGGGGAAGCGCAUGGAGUGGUGGAUAUUGGUGGGUGGAGUGCGCCGGCGAAGGAUAUUGCGGCUGAUGUCGGUAUUGUGGGGACGGUUGCGGCAGCGACGGAAUAUGUUAUUGAUCGGCCCUUGGAGUAUAGGGAGGGGAGGCUGCAAUCGGUGGGUUAA